UUUUGUGGCAAGGGCAUCGUGUUCCUAUGUGCUCUGCAGCACGUUUAGUGCUUCGUGGUAAUUCGUCUACCACUGCUCUCUGUAGGAAUCUAAUAUUAUUGUCUCCGGGGAUUACAAUUACCAGUGGAAGGAGAGGCAAGAGAAGAAUAUAUUAUCCACGUGUCAAGACAUCUCCAGCAGACUGUGACUUGCAUAAAUGGCUUGGAAUUGAGUGAAAGCCAUCACGGUGAAGGGGGCUAUUUCCAUUCCCUCUAAUGUGCCUGUUGCAGGCUGCUUUAGUUCAACGUGCAGCAUUACAGCUUAUAGCAAUCAUUUCAGCACCAUCAGCCCUGGACAGCAACCCAGGGAACAAGGAAAAGGAGCCCAUCUGAUUACAUUGUAUCUGCUCCUCACCGAUGGAAGAGAAACAUUCCACUAAGGAGGAGAUCCAUUUAGAACCUUGGUUCCAUCAGUAACCUGAAGCUCAGUUAAUGGAUUGCCUUGACACUAAUCAGCAGCCAUGGGAAGAAGUUUAUUCUAGAAAGGGAGACACAUAGUCCAUAUCCUUGUGAUACAAUCAGUGUGGGUCCUUUUCUACUGCUUUUCACAUCAGCAGCUCCCCUGUCCUGGAUUGGCCAGAUGCUAUUAUUGCCAAUUAUAUCGCUUUCAGAUAACAGUGGGAAAUACGUGCAUUCAGAUCAGCUGGAAUGAAAAUGGUAGCGGACAAGUCGAUGACAGAAAACUGAAGCUAACUUUGGUAGAUGGGAGCUUUGAUCCCAAUUAUUGUAAAUUCUAUGCAAACAAAGCUUUAGGAAAAUAACACAAAAUGUAUGGGUUUAUUAACACCUGUUUGAAGUCACUCGUCAUAGAGAAAUACGGAGAAGAGACAUGGGAUUUAUUAAGACUUAAAACGGGAGUGCAGGAUACGUUCAUGACUUACGAAGUGUACAAAGAUGAAAUAACAUUGCAGUUAGUUGACAAGGCAUGCCAAAUGCUGGGUGUAUCACCGGAAGCUGUUCUACAGCAGUUCGGAGAGUAUUUCUUCGAGUUCUGUAAAAGAUCUGGAUAUGACCACAUGCUGAGGACAUUAGGUGGUAACCUGUAUGAAUUCAUAGCAAACUUGGAUGCUUUACACAGUUAUCUGUCACUCUCCUACCAGGCAAUGAACGCUCCAUCCUUUAGGGUAGAAGUGAAUGAUGAUGGCUCAAUGCACUUGCAUUAUUACUCAGAUAGAAGAGGCCUUUGCCACAUUGUUCCUGGCAUCAUGGGUGCAGUGGCAAUGGAUUUUUUCAAAACUGAAAUUUCAAUGAAAAUCAUUAGUCAAUCAGAUGAGGAAGAAAGAACUGGGAAGAAAGAGCACAUCGUGUUUCUGGUCACCCAGAGAUCAGCAAUUCCACCCAAACCCAAGCCAACACCGUCUUCUCAACAAAUUAAGAAACAGAAUUUUGAAAAGACUUUGAACAAAUUUAGAGACAGAGCAAAUCAAGUGUCUGUCUGUCCUAUAAAAAGGAAGAAUCACUGGGGAACAAUACGAGGGAUUGUUCAACUCGGAAAAGGUAAAAUGCUACGAGGGUUUCUGCCAGUUUAUCCAAAUAAUCUGUGGGUUGAUGUAAAAACAUUUUGCAAUGGACUCCCUUUUCAUAUUGUUUUUGAUGAAGAGCUGAGAAUUAAGCAAGCUGGUGUGAGCAUUCAGAAGAUUGUCCCUGGUAUUCAGAUUAUGGGAAUACGCCUUGAUCAGUAUUUCAAUACAGUUCAUCCAGAGGUCACCUUAACCAUUUCUAAUGUCCGAAAGUUCAUCAACAGUCAGUUUGUUUUCCGGACAAGGAGAGAGAUGAUGCCAGAGUCCUGGAAAAACCGCCCGAUGCUUGAAUUAAGAGGUCAGAUGAUAUGGAUGGAAAGUCUUCAGUGCAUGUUAUACCUGUGCUCUCCUUUGCUGCGUUCCUUGCAUGAACUGGAAGAACGUCAGAUGCAUAUCUCAGACAUUGCACCACAUGAUGUUACAAGGGAUCUAAUUCUACUGAACCAGCAGCGAUUGGCUGAGAUGGAACUCUCCAAUCAGUUGGAGAGAAAGAAAGAAGAACUGCGUAUCUUGUCCAAACAUUUAGAGGAAGAAAAGAAGAAGACAGAAGCUCUGCUCUAUGCCAUGCUCCCAAAACAUGUGGCCAACCAGUUGAAGGAAGGCAAGAGAGUGGAGGCAGGUGAAUUCAAGGAAUGCACAAUACUAUUUAGUGACGUGGUAACAUUUACCAACAUUUGUGCCCAAUGUGAACCCAUCCAAAUAGUUUCCAUGCUGAACUCUAUGUAUCUUCGAUUUGACAGAUUAACAAAUGUUCAUGAUGUCUAUAAGGUGGAGACGAUCGGAGAUGCCUACAUGGUGGUAGGUGGUGUUCCUAUACCUGUAUCUACUCAUGCUGAAAGAGUUGCUAAUUUUGCACUCGGAAUGAUACUUAUGGCAAAUGAAGUAAAGAAUCCAGUCACUGGGAUGCCUAUUCAAAUUCGUGUUGGGCUGCAUACCGGUCCGGUAUUAGCUGGAGUUGUUGGAGAGAAAAUGCCUCGAUAUUGUUUAUUUGGUGAUACUGUAAACACAGCAUCUCGCAUGGAGAGUCAUGGGGUUCCUAAUAAAAUUCACCUCAGUCCAAACUCAUACAGGUGCCUUAAAGACAAAGAAUUUGAAAUAGCUGAACGGGGAGAAAUUGAUGUGAAAGGAAAGGGGAAGAUGUGUACAUAUUUCCUUAUACAGAAUCUGACUGCAAAAGAAAAUGAAAUUUUAGGACGACCUACAAAGGAGACUGAUUCAGGACGGGAAUCAUCUCAAUCUCUUCAUGAUGAAUUAAACAAAAAAGACUCAGAAACACCUUGCCCUCCAGUCAUGCAAGAGGACUUAACCCAAGAAGUGCUUCCAACUAUACCAAUGCAGUAUGCUGACAGACCACUCAUCACCAACAAGGAAAGGAGCCCAGGAAUGAAAGAUUUACCAGGAAAACUACGAGAUUCCAGGAGCCACAAGAGUCUUCACCUUACCACGCAGCAGUCACAAGACAAGCAAAUUAACAGGGGAGUUGUCACAGAAAGCAGGCCACCAAGUGGAAAUGUUAGGUCACAUUUCUGUUCUUUACUUUAAACUUCUCUUUAAGUAGAUGUUUGUGUAAACCCAGAAUAUUUUAUUUUAAAGCAAUAUAAGCUAGUUUUGACAAGAUGUGGGAACAGUUUGAAUUAAACCACAUCUUAACUGUAGAUAAAGUAAUAACUUUUUAGAUGAAGCGUAACAAGUGAUAAGUGUGGUGCGAGAGCUUUUAAUCCAGUGAGAGAAAUAUUCCCAGGUCCCAAACAUGGAUUAAUUAUGGAACAGUUUAUCCAGGGAACUUUGAUGUAGAAGCCUCAAUUCAGAACCCAGCAUACAACACUUAUACCUACUAGAAGACACCACAGACACAUGUACCCAAAACCCAUAUAAUACUAUAAUAACACAAGUCAAUAUUGAAGGGGACUUAAUGGUAUUCGUCCUUAGCCUGACCCUGUCAACACCAGUGUUACUCUUUGGAGUUUACACAAUAUCCAAACUUUCAAAUGACCAAAUGGUGAUAGUUUUGUUUUAGACAUUUUAUAUCAAAGGCGCUAGUUCUGAAAUACUGAUAAUUGCUGAUGUAAGUCAUUUAGAGCGAGAUCAAAAUAGACACACAUGUACAUGUCUAGUUUAUUGUGUUGAUAUGGGCUUCUGUGAUACAAUGUUAUGCAACAAAUAUUAUUGGAUCACAGGAGAAGGAGGAUGCUUGGAUAAGAAUGAGGAGCAAAUGGAAAAGUAUAUUGGAAAACCUGCUCUUUACUACAAAAAUAAUUGAGCACUAGAAUUGAGAACUAGAAAAGAAUAAUUCAUAUUUUACUACCGCAAUUCAGUUUUCAAGCUUUCUUGAUGCCUAUAGGCGCCAAUAUUCUCAAUAAUUUUGUUCACUCUCAGGUUAAAAUUGAUACAAUAACACGUUAUGAAUAUGGUACAUUCCCAAAUGCAGAUAAAGCACUUCUGAAAAUGAAUUAUGGCACAUUUAUGGAGAACUGAUCGACUCAACUAUUUCAUAGUCAAACUGUUUUGCCUAGAAUUGGCAAUUCUAUUGUCAUGAUACCAUGAUCAAUUAUUAAACUCUAGCUAUUGUUUAAUAUAAUUAUUCAAAACAGAUUAACAAAGAGGAACAUUGGAAUAUACCUUAAUCUAAUUUUCACCUAAUACUAAGCUGAUCCAGUAGUGAAUUAGUUGAAUGCAAGAAUGGGAUUACUUUCCGUGAGAACAACAAAUAUUUUCACAUAGCCUUUAAAAUAAGCUGCGAUCCAUGUUUGGCUUUACUGUGCCAUUAAAAAUCAGAAAUGUAGAAUUUCUCUCAUUGAAGUGAGUGCUCUCUCAUAAGCCAACUGAGUAUAAUUAAUUAAUGCAAUAAAUUGUUAUGUGUAUUUGUCUGAUGAACAAAUGAAAGAGAAGAAAAUGGCAUUGCCUCUUGAAAACAACACAUGCAUAUUUCGUAAUGUGUGUGCUGUAAUUUGUUACAUUAAAUGUUAAGUAUAUGAUCUAUGUCCAAUCUGUGCCAAGGUUCUAAUAUUGUGUUCUAAAGUAAACUCGGGUCAAUAAUUCUGUUUUCAUUGUGUAUUGUUAAGUGAAAGGCUGCUUGUGAAGCCCAAAAUAAUAGCCACUUAUCUGUUUUAUGUUUCUAAAUGUUAUUUUUUCUAACUUGGAUCCAUUGCUUGAGAUCCAUGAUUGUUAUGUAUUAACUUACUGUGCAGGACUUCAGCUGCAAAUAAGCCUUUGUCCAUGUACUUAGUACAGCUUUGUGUAGUAGCUUUGUGAACUGUUGCAGGUUCUCUUAUUCGACAUAGAGUAUAAAUAGAAGUUUUCUUCUAGAUAUUGGAGCAUAACUAGACAGUGGGACCUCAUGCAUAUACUCUACCCACAUACUGAUUGGCCCUUUCCCCCAUUUUCUUGCUCAUUGCUUUCCUUGGGGCAUGUAAUGAAGAGGCUUAUCUUCAAUUCUAAAUGGUCUUCAUGGGAUCACAAGGGAUGCUUUCUACCACCAACAGUAACUUUUCUUACCUGUCCCAUCUUGGUACACACUUGGUUCAGAUGCAGACAGUAAAUUAUCUACAAUACAAUAGGAUUGUAGAUAAAAGAGGAGUAAUAGUCCUGUGUUACCAGAGCGACAGAUAGUAUGCUCACUAUGAACAUCAUCAGGUAUAGAUGAAGUCUUGUUCUCUAUAUAUUCUAGAACUAAAGAACUGGUUACAACUACACAGUCGCUGUCCCCAUUGUUAAGCUCUUUAUUCAGUGCCUGUAAAUGCUAAUAUACAGGAGGAUUUGUGGACUAAAAUAUCAAUACUGGCAAGUAUUCUGCACUUUUUGUGUACUUGUCUGUUUUAAGUAGUCUAUGUGCAUGUUCAAAUUUAGUGGCUUCUUGCAUUUGGAAGUUCCAGUAAUUUCAUGACCUGUGGUUUGUUUUUGUUUUUCUUACAUUGUGGCACUUAGAAAGCAAGCCCUGUAGGAGAAAUAGUGUGCAUUGUAUACAUUACAUCUAGUGAUGCUCUACAUUAAGGCUUGCGUAUCCUUCAGAAUUAUCUGCAAUGGUAGACUGGAAGUGCCAUAAAAUUAAGAAUAAAAAAAGUAGUAUAAAGACUGUGAGUAGUUUUUAAGCUAUAUGGCUACCAAAACAUUUAGAGCUAUAAUAUCUGUGUCAUUUUAAGGGAUCGAUUCCCUUGGAUAAAAUAAUGUGCCAUCUGUUUACAUUUUUAUUGUAAGUCUGUAUGAAUGCAGUGUUGUUAGCAAUAGUGAUUAUAUAAUAAAUAACAGAACUAUUUAGUGUGUGUGACUUUCAAAACUUCCAAUAUUUUUAUGGGCAUUAUACAGAUUAACUUGAGAAACAUAUUAUCUGUAUGUAU